AUGCCCGGGGGAACAGUCUGGCUGAAGGCUGGGGCUAACGGGACGCGAAGGACUAAGCUCCGGGGCCCGUCUCGAGCCGCUGUCCCCUGCCCUGUUUCCGCAGCUCAGCCGUGCGGGGGCCGCCUGAACUCCAAGGACGCCGGGUACAUCACCUCGCCGGGCUACCCGCAGGACUACCCCUCCCACCAGAGCUGCGAGUGGGUCAUCUACGCCCCCGAGCCCACCCAGAAGAUCAUCCUCAACUUCAACCCUCACUUCGAAAUCGAAAAGCACGACUGCAAGUACGACUUCAUCGAGAUCCGGGAUGGGGACAGCGAAGCGGCGGACCUGCUGGGCAAGCACUGCGGCAACAUAGCGCCUCCUACCAUCAUCUCCUCCGGCCCUUCUCUCUACAUCAAGUUCACCUCGGACUACGCCAGGCAGGGCGCCGGCUUCUCCCUGCGCUACGAGAUCUACAAGACAGGUCAGCGNNACUGCUCCAGAAACUUCACCGGCUCCAACGGCACCAUCGAGUCCCCCGGCUUCCCCGACAAGUACCCGCACAACCUGGACUGCGUGUUCACCAUCAUCGCCAAGCCCAAGACGGAGAUCCUCCUCCACUUCCUCAUCUUCGACCUGGAGCACGACCCGCUGCAGGCCGGGGAGGGCGACUGCAAGUACGACUGGCUGGACAUCUGGGACGGCAUCCCGCAAGUCGGCCCCCUGAUCGGCAGGUACUGCGGCACCAAGAUGCCGUCGGACAUCCGCUCCACCACGGGCGUCCUCUCGCUGACUUUCCACACGGACCUGGCGGUGGCCAAGGACGGCUUCUCCGCGCAUUACUACCUGAUCCAGCAGGACGUGCCGGAAAACUUCCAGUGCAACGCGCCGCUGGGGAUGGAGUCUGGCCGCAUCUCCAACGCGCAGAUCAGUGCCUCCUCCACCUACUCAGACGGGCGGUGGACGCCGCAGCAGAGCCGGCUCAACAGCGAUGACAACGGCUGGACCCCCAACGUGGACAGCAACAAAGAGUACCUCCAGGUGGACCUCCACUUCCUGACAGUGCUCACAGCCAUUGCUACGCAGGGCGCCAUCUCCAGAGAAACGCAGAACGGCUACUACGUCCGCACCUACAAGCUGGAGGUCAGCACCAACGGGGAGGACUGGAUGAUGUACCGGCAUGGCAAAAACCACAAGGGGUGGCUGCAGGUGGACCUGGGCGUCCCGAAGAACGUCAGGGGCGUCAUCAUCCAGGGGGCUCGUGGAGGUGACAGCGUGACCACCGCCGAGUCACGCUCCUUCGUGAAGAAGUUCAAGGUGGCCUACAGCAUGAACGGAAAGGACUGGGACUUCAUCCAGGACCCCAAAACAAUGCAAGCCAAGCUUUUUGAAGGCAACAUCCACUACGACAUCCCCGAAGUGCGGAGGUUCGACCCCGUUCCUGCCCAGUACGUCCGAGUGCACCCGGAGCGGUGGUCCCCGGCGGGAAUAGGGAUGCGCCUGGAGGUGCUGGGCUGCGACUGGACAGAUGUGAAGCCCACUGCAGAGACGCUGGUGCCCACUCUGAGUAGCGAGCUGACCACCACCCCCUACCCAACUGAUGAAGAGGCAACGGAGUGUGGCGAUAGCUGUGGAGAAGAGGAGGAUUUCCACCUGCCUGCAAACUUCAACUGCAACUUUGAUCUCCCUGAAGACCUCUGCGGUUGGUCACACGACUUGGAGACGGGUUAUACGUGGUCUUUUCAGCCUACCAGCACCUGGAUUGGCAACGCAGAACCAAGCCCCGAGUCCGUGCCUGUGAACUUCCCAAGAAUGGAGGAUGACUUUCCCAUCCCCGAGCAAGGCUUUGAAGACAACGACGAUCAUGAUUACUUUGGAUCGGAUAGGAACGACACACUGUUCUCUACUAACUCUCCAGGAACCCCAAAGCUGGACAAAGAAAAGAGCUGGCUCUACACCUUGGAUCCCAUCCUGGUUACCAUCAUAGCGAUGAGCUCCCUCGGCGUCCUCCUAGGGGCCAUCUGUGCCGGGCUGCUGCUCUACUGCACCUGCUCCUACACCGGCCUGUCCUCGCGCAGCUCCACCACCCUGGAGAAUUACAACUUCGAGCUCUAUGACGGCAUCAAGCACAAGGUCAAAAUGAACCACCAGAAGUGCUGCUCGGAGGCCUGACGGGCCACCUCGGGAUCUCCCUCAACAUUGCGGUCCGGUGAGGUGGGCUGGUGGGGAUGACUUUUUAUUUUUGCUGUUUUCGACGAGAACUGAAUGCCAUAAUCUCAAGCGACCCGACCGGGAGUGGCGAGGGUGCGGGGAGGCGCUGCUCCUGCCACCGGCCACGACCGUGAGGCCCCGGCCGGCAGGACGCGGUCGGGGAGGACCGGAUGGGCGUUUUCACGAACUGAACUGUGCGGGGCGAGGCGGGGAGCCGAGACCCUUGUUUGUUGGUUCAUCUUCAUUUUCUGCUGACGUGAAUGGCUGAGCCGUGGCGCGGGAGGAUGGUUUACCUUUUGGAUGUGAGAAACUAGAUGUUGUUUAUUAUUUCCCACUUCCUUUCUCUGAUAAGUUGCUGAGAAGGCUGAGGGAUUUCUUCAGCUGUCCUGUCUUUAGAAAUAACAUACACACACACACACACACACACAUACAUGCAGACCCUGUCCAUUUUAGAGCCCUGUCCAGAUACUGUUUUGGCUGUAGGGAUUUGUGCACAUCAUGCUAAACCCAGGAAGCUGCAGUUUCUAGUCCUGAAGAUGGGAGCAGGUUGUUGCCUUUGGCUUUCCCUCUCCUGGCAGGGAGAAAGACAUGACGCAGGUUUUAGUGUCGAUGGCAACAACAGUGCUUUCUGAAGUCAUUAAGAAACAAAACGGAAAGGAAACCCUAUGUGUAGAAGCACCUCUUUGAGAGAAGCUGAAGAGCCUUAAAGUGAUUUGUGAAUAAGAGCCAUUUAUUAAAUCCAGAUCUUGGAUUGAAACAGCUGAGGCCUUCAUCAGGAAGGCCUUUCUCUGACUCUCCCCAUCCCUCUCGAUCCUGCCCUUUUUUCUUUUUUUUUGGUAGAAUGAGAAAAUUGCAGCAAACAAAAAAAACACAGUCCGUCCAGUUCCCAAAGCUCAGGCUUUUGGAAAGGGGGCUUCACUAAGUGUUGACCUUGAGGUGCACAGCAGAGGCCUCGGGAGCAGAGGGGUGGGAAAACGAACCGCGGCGGGACGCUGAACCCCCCCCCCAACCGCGUGCUGGCCGGGGCUGCCCGGCUCUGCGACGGUCCCCUCUCCCUGGAGCUGCGGGCUCCUGCCGGCGCCGGCGUCUUCUCCCCUCCAGAGCAAAGCUACGCUGCUUCGGAUCAGUAGCAAAAACCUGCAAUCUGAUUUAUGAGCUACUUUUUUUAUUUUUUAUUUUUUUUUACUUUAAACAAGUGCCUUAGAAGUAUUUUUCCUCCAUCCGAUGAUCAGUGCUGUAUCAGACAACAAGUGAGGCCUUCAUCCUUCCCCAUCGUUUUGCUGUUCUUCACUGGAUCUCUACCGGGUAGAGCCUCGCUGAAGAAGUCUUAUCCUUCUACUUUCAAGUGGUCUGGCUAUAUUGUCUCGCAGUCGAUACUUCUCCACCUAGGAGUGUUAUGAAGAUAAUUUCGUGGAGAAAAAGCAUUCAAAUGCUGGGCCCCAAACCAAUGCCUUCAUUUCCAAUUUAGUACAGGUGCAUUGUCCAAAGCAGCUUGCACGCAUAUGAAGUGAGAACUUUUCCAGCACACUGGGUUUGUUUUUUUCAGGAGCUCUUUGGAAGUACCUGAAAUGUCCUGAUUUUACAUUAGCAAACUAUCCGGGGUUUGGGAUUGACGGGUUCCCCCCCUCCCUUGCUAACCAUGGAGCGUUGAAGGUGCAAUGCGACAUGACGUCCCUGCAACACGUCCUCCAGGAAGGCAGGUGUCUGGGGAGAUGAGGCCCAUCUGGGGAGGAGAGGAGCGGAGCGCAGGCUGUUCGUCAGGGCCCUGGCAACGGGAGCAGCAUUUGUCUAGCGUUUCAUGCAAAGCUCCAUCAGACAGCAAGUUUUUUUGGGGGGGAGGGGGGGAGACCCUUUAUCCACCCUAAGAAACAUGCAUGUGUUACUGCUGAAGCAGAGUCCAGCAGCUGCGUCAUCAAAACUUCCCACAUUUUCUACACGCGCACACGCGGAGACUCACACCCCCACAAAAUCCUUUAUUUUUGUUAAUUCACGCUGUGUGCCCAACAGAAACGGCAGUGAAAGUAUCUCAGCUCCUCCCUUUGAACCCCCUUAUUGGCGCUCCUCACGUACAAAUUGCAUUUUGCGGGGGGGGGGGGGGUGCCGCGCGUGCGGAGGAGACGCCCAUGGCGAGCGGAAACGUGCCAGACCAUUUCAAAGCUGGAUUGCUGCUACUCCGUGAUUUUUAUCCCCUUCAAAUCACACGAGAGGGGAAGGAUGAGCAGAAACGGACCAUACGGUAGACAAGUCGACUUAGGCAAACAAUAGGUGAAAGUAUAUAAUUGCAGUGGUAACGUUAUGGUGUCUAGUAGGCGUACAGAGAGCAGCGUUCGUAUAUACGUAGACCCAGAAGUAGUGUGUGUGUGUGUGUGCACACGCGCGUGGAUUCGCUGUCUGUAUUGUGUCUGUGACUUAUCCCGUGGGACUGAGUCGUGUUCGUGUACCUUUUGGCGUGGGAUCUGGGCGCCAGCUGGGCACGGCUUGCCCCUUCCCCGCCGGUUAGUACAGGGACCGCGCGUGUGCACUUAGCGGGCAGGAGCAGGCCGAAGAUGCUGCAAAGCCGAUACCUCACUUAACCUCUGCUGGGUGCUUUACUGUUCUACUACGGAAAACUGUGUUUGAUUGUAACUUUAACAGGGAGAAAAACAGAAAAAAAAAAACAAAAAAAAGGAAAAAACCAACAACAACAGCGGCCAAAAAAAACCCCCAAGAAAUCAGUGCGUUCAACUCAUUGCAUCCUCCUCUGCAACUGCGUUAGGUUUGCUGAUCGCAAUUCCCUUUGUGAAACUCAGAAAAAAAAAAGAGGCGGGGGGGGGGGAAAAAAAAAAAAAAGAGAAGCCAGUGUUAACGCCGUUGCUGAAGUCCGCUGUGGCCUCCGCAGCCGUCGGAGGGCGAGGACGCGUUGCUAACAGGCCGGCUGCAAUACGGAGGGAUGUCGUGCGGUGGGAAGGUGCCGGGGGUGAGCACGGGAAUUAAACCAUUAAGAAAUCAUAUGCAGAAAUGGAACUUCUCCAAGGUCUGCAGUUCAAGGCGUUUGACCGUUCCCUGGCUGAGCCAGGACUUAUGGACUUAAAGAGCUUUUACUGUGAUUCUUCAGUGUAAAAAACAAAACAAAACAAAACAAAAAAAAAAUCAAACUGUGUUUAUAUGAUUUGUAUAAAAA